AUGAUUUGCAGGCACCAGACUCUGAUGGUGAAGGUCAGAUUAGGAUGGGGUUCAAGUCAUUCAGGGCAGUGGAUAUGCAGAACCCAACAUUUAAGGUGGGAAUGUUGUUUGAGACAGUUGAGCAGCUAAGGAAGGCAAUCACAGAAUAUAGUUUGAAGGAGAGGGUUGAGAUAAAAAUGCCAAGAAAUGAGAAGAAAAGGCUAAAGGCACACUGUGCAGAUGGAUGUCCUUGGGGACUUUAUGCUUCACAUGAUAGUAGAGCUAAUGGGCUAGUGGUGAAAACAUAUUGUGGUCAACAUAAUUGUCAGAAACAUUGGGUCCUCAAGAGGUGCACCUCAAAAUGGCUUGCAGAAAAGUACCUAGAAUCAUUUAGAGCAGAUCAAAAGAUGUCACUGAGCAAUUUUGCUAGAGUUGUUCAAAAGGAUUGGAACAUGACACCAUCAAGGUCUAAGCUUGCAAGAGCUAGAAGACUUGCAAUGAAAGAGGUACUUGGUGAUGAGGUAGAGCAAUACAAGUUGCUUUGGGACUAUGGACAUGAAUUGAGGAGGAGCAACCCUGGGAGUAUCUUCUACCUUAACCUGAAUGGAAACAUAUUUAGCACCUUGUACCUGUCACUUGAUGCUUGCAAAAGAGGUUUUUUGAGUGCUUGCAGACCUAUCAUAUGCCUCGAUGGAUGCCACAUCAAGACUAAAUAUGGUGGACAAAUUCUGACUGCAGUUGGUAUGGAUACUAACGACUGUAUCUUUCCAAUUGCAUUUGGGAUUGUUGAGGUAGAGUCACUAGCUUCAUGGAAAUGGUUCCUGCAGACUCUGAAAGAAGAUCUUGGCAUUGACAACACAAUUCCAUGGACAAUUAUGACAGACAAGCAAAAGGGUCUUAUCCCAGCCGUGCAGCAAGUGUUUCCAGAUUCAGAGCAUAGGUUCUGCGUUAGACACCUGUACUCUAACUUUCAGAUGCACUUCAAAGGUGAAAAUUUGAAAAAUCAGUUGUGGGCUUGUGCACGGUCUAGCAAUGUAGUUCAGUGGAACAAAAACAUGGAAAUGAUGAGGGAGCUAGACUCUGCAGGUCAUAAAUGGUUACAGCAGAUGCCACCACAAACAUGGGUUAGAGCAUUCUUUAGUACUUAUCCCAAAUGUGACAUCCUACUAAACAACAACUGUGAGGUCUUCAAUAAAUACAUCCUGGAUGCAAGAGAAAUGCCUGUACUUAGCAUGUUAGAACAGAUCAAAUCUCAGUUGAUGACAAGGCACUAUAACAAAGGGAAAGAUGUUGGAGAUUAAUGGGAUGGACCUAUAUGCCCCAAGAUUAGAAAGAAGUUGCAGAAAAAUACUGAAUUUGCUAACAUUUGCUAUGCUCUACUUGCUGGAAAGGGUGUUUUUGAGGUGCAGAGCAAAACCAACAAGUAUAUUGUUGACAUUUUCCUAAAGAAGUGUGACUGCAGAAGGUGGGAUCUCACUGGCAUACCAUGCUCACAUGCCAUAUCAUGCUUGAUGCAUGAAAGAAUCCCUCCUGAGUCAGUGGUUAAUGAAUGCUACUCCUCAGCUAGCUUCAUGAUGGCAUAUGGUAACACCAUUUGGCCAUGCAAGGAUAAGAGUGCCUGGGUGAAAGUUGAUGCAAGUGAAGUGCUCCCACCUGUUUAUGAGAAAAAGGUUGGUAGGCCACCCAAAUCAAGAAGGAAACAACCAUAUGAAAUUCAAGGUCCAAGUGGUCCUAAGCUGACAAAGCAUGGGAUCAUCAUCACCUGCAGGUACUGUGGGAAAUCUGGGCACAACAGAGCUACUUGUGAUCUUAGAAAGCAAAGGAAAGAGUCUGCUGGUUCAGCACUUCCAGAUGAGGAAAUACCUGCCAAUUCUGCCGGCUAAGGUAGUAGUGCUGGGCAAGCUAGUGCUGGGCAAGAGUAUGCUGAUUCAGCACUCCCAGAUGAGGAAAUUACACAUGUUGAACCAAUUAUAUCCCAGGUGUCCAUGUUUGUGGACGACACUGGUGGGCCCUUGUUCUCCCAGCUAAGCUCUACAAUGGCUUCUCAAAUGAUGGCAGAGUCUGCACAAACAAGAACAAUUGAAGCACAACCUUUGCCAGAGCCAUCUUUCAUUGUGCCCAAUAUCCCAGCAGCAAGACCAAUGCCUCCUACUACAGCAACAAAGGCUAGAAGAUCAAGGGCAAGCAAGCGCAAGACCAAUGCACCAAAAAAGGCUAAAUCUCCAAAGAAGGCAAAGGCUCCAAAGAAUGAUGCAUGAAGGCACACUUCAAAGCUUUUGUAUAGCAGGACCAUAAACAAUGCCAUAGUUCUUGCAGUGACUGUGAUGCUUUUGUAUAGCUACAUCACAUACUUUUGUGACUGUGAUGCUUUUGUAUAGCUACAUCACAUACUUUUGUUGGUCUUUUACCAUCUCAUGCUAAUGCUAGGGUUGUGCUCACAAUGUCAUUACUGAAUGUGUGAUGAAUGCAGUAACCAGUUACAUAUUUGGAUGAAAA